AUGGCUGGAUCGUUCCUCGCCUACGAAGAGCCUUCUAGCAAGGCCGGCAUCAUUGGACCUAUAAUCGUGGGAAUAAGUUACGGCAUGCCUCUGGCCGACAUACUCCUCGAAGUCUGGCAAGAGACAUUUCUGGCCAUUGGGUACAUAGGUCUGAUCCUCAUCAUCUUUGAGGGCGGUCUCACCUCGCGUAUGGAUCUGCUCAAACAAAACUUUGUACUGAGUAUGCUUGCUGCAACCACUGGUGUCCUCGUUCCUAUUGGCUUGUCGUACCUGCUUCUCUUUCUUGGAUUCGGCUAUGGCGCUGUCGAAACAUUCAUCAUUGGUGCUGCCCUGUCGACUACUAGCCUCGGAACCACUUUCGCAGUCAUAGGUGGCGCAAGCAAAGACAUCGAUCUGUCGCAGACCAGAGUAGGUACUGUUCUGGUCAGUGCAGCAGUCAUCGAUGAUGUAUCCGGUCUGGUCAUGUCAAGCGUCAUACAUGAUCUCGGAUCUAUAUCUGGGGGCGCAGACGUCAACUUGGGGUGGCUCAUCGGCAGACCGAUACUCGCGUCUGUCUUGAUGGCUGCAUUGACGCCUCUACUCUGCAAGUACUGCUUUGCGCCCUUGUUCCGGCGAUACAUCGAACAUCAUUUCGCACGAUUCGAUCACUUGUCCAAUGUCGUCCUCAUGGUGUUGGUUCUCUGCGCUUUCAUCUCGAUAGCCGCUUUCGCGGGCACAAGCGUGCUGUUCGGGGCUUUUCUAGCUGGCUCUUUUCUCACGUAUCUGCCUUCAAAACACCCCGAAGGUCCUUUCGUGGUUUACUCGCGAGAACACGGCGAGCAGAACGAAGACAAGAGCCCUACUUUUGUUCACACAUUUGAAAAGUACUUUUCGGAUGUGCAAAAGUAUCUCAUGGAGCCUCUGUUCUUUGCCAGUAUUGGCUUUGCUAUCCCCUUCGUCGACCUUUGGACUGGCUCAGCCAUCUGGCAUGGAGUCGUGUAUACACUCUUGAUGCUUCUUGCAAAGGUGGUAGUCGGCAUAUGGGUCCCUGUGUGGGAUAUUGCUACCGGGCCCUCCAAGGGUCACCCAUCGAAGCCAUCGCUGUCGCAGUCACUUCCAUCCGCCGGUCUGCUCGGCUUCGCAAUGGUUGCUCGUGGCGAGAUUGGUCUGCUCAUCGUCGAGAUUGGGUACAACUCUACUCCCUAUGUGAGCGAUGCCGGCUUUUACACUGCUGUUUGGGCCAUCUUACUCAAUACAGUCAUCGGCCCGAUGGUCGUUGGCUUACUAAUCAAGUUCAGAGGCAAAUCUAUUGGUGAGGGUGCUUGGGGCAUCCAGAACAGCGAUGAAAGUGAGGCCCAGGAAAAAUCAGAAGCAAGCUCUCGGGAUCAAGCUCUAGAGGAAGGUCUGGAGGGUUCUGCGCAAUGA